AGUCAUGGAAGUAUUCACAUUCGUUCUCCGCAAAUCCGGCGCCGAGUGGACUGUGAAGCAGCACUCCGGCGACAUCGAGGACUCCGCCUCCUCCACCUACGACCUUCAACGCAAGCUCGUCAAUGCCGCUCGCGCCGCUGAUUCCUCCGGCUCCGUUCAGUCCUCUUUCUCUUUCGUUUCUCCCUCCUCUGCUGUCUUCCAGGUGGUUGUGGGUGGUGCAGUCUUCGUUGGAGGUGGUGCUGUUGCUGCUGCUCCUGCUGGUGGUGCUGCCGCAGAGAGCGCCGCCGCCCCUGCUGCCGAGAAGAAAGAAGAGAAGGUCGAGAAAGAGGAAGACGAAGAUUUUGGAAUGUCACUCUUUGAUUAAAGAAUUCUCGUUUUACCUGAA